GGAGGCCGCCGCGCUGGAGGAGGAAGCAGCUGCGCUGGAGGAGGACGCGGAGGGGGAGGAGGAGGCCGCGGCAGAUGAGCUGGAGGCCGAGGCCGAUUCGCAGCCGGGCGGCAGCUGCGGCGGCGGACGCGUGCAGAAGGUGCGGAACUGCCCGCCGUAGGAGUCGGGCUCAUCGCGGUGGCAGUCCACGAUGUAGUUGCGGAAGUCAUGGUAGCAGCGGGCCGUCGACUCGGCGUUGCACCAGUAGAAGCGGUGAAUCCAGUCGACGCACCGCUGGCUGCAGUCGACAAACUGCGUCAUGAUGUCGCACACGAUGAGGAAGUCGCUGUCGUCCUGGGGAUCGUCGGCGGUGCAGCCCUCGCCAAUGUAGUCGACAUUGGGGUCGGUGUCAUCGACCAGCUCGCAGUUGAGCGGCGGCGGCGAGGAGCCGGAGGACGAGGCCUCCGGCAGGGAUGCACUGGUGCUGGCACUGGCACUGGCACUGGCGCUGGCGCUGGCGCUGGCGCUGGCGCUGGCGCUGGCACUGGGGCCGGAGCUGGCGCUGCCAGACGACGACGAGCCGGGGAUCAGCGAGUCCGGGAUGGGAGCGGUGAAGCCGGGGAUGGCCUCGACCGCCAUGCCGGUCAGGGUGGGCACGGGCAGGUUGUUGCCGGAGCACAGGUCGCCCGAGGGGAGCCGGCGGCGAAUGUCCUCGAUGGUCCAGCGGCACUGCCGCAUGAAGUCCAGCGUGUGCAUGUAGCACGACAGGGUCGAGUGCUGGCAGGUGAGGUUGGUGUACUUGGUCAGGGCGCAGGCGUCCGAGCAGGGGUCCUCCCGGCAGUAGUGGUGCUGCACCGGCUGGAAGGGGUAGCGAAGGGCAUUCAGGGCGUCGCAAUGGACACUGGCCCGGCCGGGCCGGGCGUGGGCCAGCUGGGCGGCCUGCAGCAGGAGCAGGGUCGCCGCCAGGAGUAGGGCAUACGGCCGCAUGGUGGAUUUGGCGUCGGACGAGGCGGGGGGAACACGGAGGGGGGGCGGGGGGACUUGGGAGGAGGGGGCUUAUUCCCGGUGCGGGGAAGGGGGUGUGCUGGAAGAGAAGGGCGACUUUUCUUUGGGGG